AGUACCGAAUCCUUAGUCACCAAACCUUAGUCACGUUUGUGUAAAAUUAUUACCGUUUAGUGUCAAAGUCAUUUAACGUUUUUUUGCUUUUUAACAGAGAACCAAACAAAAAACACGAGUCUGGAGUGUUAAUACAAAAAAAAUGUUUAGUCGAAGAGGAAGCAUUUAAAAAAAAUACAGUUCGAAUUCUCGUCUAAUUCAUUUUUUAAAAAGGCGAGGGAAAAGAAAGCAAAAUCAAUGGACAUAAAUUUAUUCAUCUUUAAAUCGAGAGUGCAAUUCUAUACUGAAAUCGGCCGGCCCAGAUCUUUGAUGCUGAAAGAAAACUGUUGAAGUGAUGCUAAAAAUAUCGCCACCGGAGAUAAACACUACGGGAAUAGUUGCAGAAAUAGAUUUUUCAAUGUAGUGCUCUUAGAUCUGCCACGAAAUUGAAUGACCUCACAGUUUGUGUCUUUUGUUGAGUGCACGUUUUUAUUGCGAUCUCACUUAUUGGCACACGAUCCCAUUGCCAAGAAGACGAAUGCAAGUGAAUCAAUAAAAUGUGUUUGCUACGAGGAACGUAAGAACGUGAUUAGACGAAAAAGAAUAUAAUCAAUAUAGCCGGCAGAGUUUUACAACGAUUAACAUGGCUUUUCUACCCGGCACCUACGUCUCCAUUAUUGUCGUAGUAGUGUCAUAUGGAGCGAUAGAAUUAUCUCGAUGACAGUUGAAGUGCAAUGACUUCGUUUGUGAAAGAAGACUAAAGAAAAAGAAGAAAAUCGGAGUAUCUUUCUAUUAGACGCACAACAGGCGUGAAUGUCACUAAUUGCUCGAAGCAUGACAGUCAUCGUUAUCAUCAAUAAAAUCGAGAAGAGUCUUGCACCAUUAUUGUCCGCGUAUCCGGUGGAAGAAAUACUGCUUUUUGAAAAUGAAAGCGAAGCUAUUACGUGAGUUAUUACGCUCGUUACCUCCAAUGACAAUUUGCAUAUUUAAAAACUGCAAAAAACGGCUACUCAACUAGAUGAAUACCAAGGUGUCAAAGCUGUGUCUGUUUAGAUAGCGAUACCAUGAGGCCUUCCAUGAAGAUGGGAUUGAUAGCCUUGCUGGGUGUCUGUGUAAUAUUUUAUCAGUAUCAUCUUUCAACUGGCAUAAGACUGGACCAGAUACCCAACUUCAACGAAGCCGUGGCAGUUGAAGGUGCUGAGAAUUUGUCAGUAGUCAACGAGGUAGAUGGAUACAUUGAUCCUUCAAAAAUACCUGAGGAUGCAAUUCGAGGAGCUGUACAUGCAGUCCAACAAGGAUACGGUCUUAGUCCAGACCUGGGAAAUGUCUUGAGUCAAGAAAUUCUGGCUCGUUUAAAGAGAAACGACGUCAACCUGGUCCAGGAAGAGAUCUUGAUAAAUGAUCCACGUGGCGUACGUUCAGCAUCCACAGCAUCGUCCAGUGCGAAUAGUAAUGCAGCAAUCUGUGGGACAGGAGGAAAAACGGAAUCAGAUAAUGAAAAAUUGAAUCCCCUUUUUAUAAUCACCCCAACGUACAGAAGGCCGGAGCAAAUUCCCGAACUAACGAGGAUGUCGCACACGUUGAUGCUCGUCAGGAAUGUGCAUUGGCUCGUUAUUGAAGAUGCCUUGGUGCCGACGAAACAGGUCACUGAACUGCUUAAGAGGACAAAACUGAAAUUCGAACACUUGAUUGCACCGAUGCCUGAUAAGUAUAAAUUGAAAACGGGCGCCAAACCACGAGGUGUAUCAAACCGAAAUCGUGGUUUACAAUGGCUCCGAUCGAACGCGACGAAUGGCGUCUUCUAUUUUGCGGAUGAUGAUAAUACUUAUGAUAUUGCACUGUUUGAUGAGAUCCGCAAAACAAAAAAGGUCUCCAUGUUCCCGGUGGGUCUUUGUACAAAGUACGGACUUAGUUCGCCGAUAGUUAAAAAUGGAAAGUUCACCGGUUUCUAUGAUGGCUGGAUAGCAGGAAGAAAGUUUCCAGUUGAUAUGGCAGGUUUCGCAGUGAACGUCAAGUUCCUUUUAGAGAGACCAAGCGCCACAAUGCCAUUCCGGGCCGGAUUCGAAGAAGAUGGCUUCCUUAGGAGUCUUGCGCCUUUUGAACCACGGGAUAUUGAACUUCUUGCUGAUAAUUGCACGAGGAUACUCGCCUGGCAUACACAAACGAAGAAGAAUGAGCCUAGUGCUCCGCUGGACAUGAAGCUCUAUGGCUUAACGAAUCUGGUCCUACUGAAAAAACAGAUAGUAUGAUGAGGCCAUUUUCAUUAUAAACUUAUGGACUCAAAUUAUAGCCGUCGUUCAGCAAUGAAUUUGACGUUAAUUCAGAUGGACGACUGCUGGCCAAUUAUUUAUAAUACAAUUAGGAGGAUUUUAUAAUCCGCUCAAGAAACAGUGUUGCCUAACGCCCAAUACGACUUCUUCCAGUGAAACUUGAAAAAGACGUUUGUCCAACAUUAAUUACAUAUUGUAUGUAGGUUGGACCGACCCUUGGCACGAUAGAGUGAUCAGUUGUUUCCUCUAGGGAUAUGACAAUAGACAAAUAAUAAAGAUCGGCCUGCCGGUUCUGAUUUCCCUGAGGAUUGAUAAAUAGAUUUUUAAGUUUGGCCAACUAUGAGGAUCCAUGAUAGUUCACGGAUGAAUACUUAAUAACAGACUGUUGUACUAUCUUUUUGUAUUAUUUAUUUUAUUGCCCGGUAUUAUUUCAAGUAUUAACUAUGGGUUGUUCAAGAAAAUUAUCAACGCAUAUGUUCAAUUAGUACUUAAUCGCUAUGGCAUUUAGUCUGUUAAAAGUGUCAUAGUUAUUGACAUUGACAACAAAAAUAUUAUCGCUUGUCAGGCUUUUCAAGCUGUAACUCAUUACAUAUCAUUGUAGUAAAAAAUAAUCAUUUUUUUUUUCUUUCUUGAAAUCGUGUCCAAGACAUUUUCGACUAUCCUUUUGUGCAAUCGACAAAUUUUUGUCUUAUGCGCGUAUAAAUUAAUUUAGUUUUUAUUCCUCAAUUGUCAAGAGGUUUUACUUAUAAAUAGUAGGUACCGAUAUUUAUGGCGCUUCCUCUUAUGACUUAAGAAGAAAAUCGGUAGAAUGCAUGAGGUGAAAUCCAUUGCAUAACUUUCUCUUGUCCUUUUAGUUAUUUGAUUUGAAUGCCGUAAACAUUAGUCUCACUACAGUUACGGUUUGUCAUUAAUGGUUCCUUUUGCGCAUAGCUCCAAAAUUAAUAUUAUAGGCAACUUGAUACCGAUUUGAUGCUGUAAUUUUGUUUAUAUUAAAACAAUUAUCUUAUUGUAUAUUUCUCGUAGUUUAUCUACUACAACUUACCGUUGAUAGGGUUUAAGUAUAACGCAUUAUACCUUAGGUGAUAUCAAGCAAUAAACGGUUGGUGCAACAAUAAAAGAGAGUGAUCUAAAACCGCUAUAAAAUUAACGAUGAUAAACAUAUAAAAACCUGAAAUACUUUAGAAAAUUCGCAAGCUUCGUUAUUGCAAAGUUUAUACAGGGCGACAUAGCGAACCAUGCAAUUUAACUAUAUACAAAAUUGCAGUCCAUUACAAAAAAGAAAAGAGAAAUGGUCGGGCAUUAGGUGAUGAAUUCUUCUACUUUGUUCUUCUUAGCAAUGCCGAUUAGUCAAAUUAAAAAGAUUCCCGUCGACAUGGGAAAUAAUGAAAUCUACGUGAAGAUAUAUUUUUUCCUAAUAAAUAGAAAUUAUAGUAACACUAAUAAACUUUUCAGAUCACAUACUACUACUAUUACUACCACUACCACUACUAAAACUACUACUGCUUCUACCAGUAUUACUAUUACUAUUUCCAUUCAAUACUCUCCAUUCGUCUCUAAUAACGACACAAGAAAUAAAAUUGACUAUGAACACGUUCUUUGCAAACUAUUAGCUAACUCGUAAAGUUGGAAUAAUCGUAUCAACUACUAUCCUCUGUUACAUUACUAAACUUACACUCUGUACAUCGUACAAGUAUAAUACGGGCUUAAUCACGUAUGUGAUAUAGUUGCGUAUAUACAUGGCUGAUUCUUAAAAAUGUGAUAAAACAAAAAUUAUCCACCGUUUAUUCAUUACAUUGAAUCAUGCCAAAUGUAAAAAAGAUGAAUAGUCUUUUCGAGGAAUUGCCAGUAAAUAUCUUUAUUUUCAUAGUUCUUCUUGGUGUACUUUAUACAAUGAGUUAUGCAACAAGUACUUUAAAUUUCAUAGUGAGUUUUGUAAUGAAGAAAUGAAACCCCCAUAUACAUAGAGCGUUGCGCCUAAAAUAAUAUCGACUUAAUUUACUCUGUUCUGUAAAUUCUGAUCUAUUUUUUAAAUCAUGAAAAUUGUAGAAGACAAAGAUAUUGUGGUUGGUUCGACAGUUAAAUAAUUAUAUUGGCUCUUCUGGUGUGCGUACUCGAAUUAUAGUGAUAUAUAAUGUAUAAUGGAGUAUGCACUUUAAAUUGUAUUAAUUUUUUCAAGGGGUGGUACUUCAAUAAAGGUACGGACGUGCGCACACGAAGAAACUAAUAAGUGCAUCCUAUAGCACCUUAUGCUGCUUAUACUUACUGUAUAUGCGAAUGGUAUAUUCUUUAAAAAAAUUGAAAUGUAUCAUUAUAAAUUGUAAAGACUUACGCGUUUAGUAAAAAGCGAGAUGGGCCUUUAAUGAGAUAAGACAAUGUAUGGCUAGUUUUUUCGUCUCUAAUUGACUGCAAGUACACUUGAAAUGACUGUAUAAGAUUAUGUAUAAAAAUGAACAAAGUGCGUAACAGUAUUGAUUACGAGAGCUACGUGGAAGAAAUAAAAUUCAGUUUAUUCAUAUAGAAAUAUUAAUUUUUUUUAAUAUAACCAAUCGAUUAUUUACAUGAUGUUUGGUCUGGUGCUGAAUAAAUUUUUUUUUUCUUGUUA